UCAGCAUCGACAGCAGUUAGGUGUUGAGAAGUCCUGUUACUGUCGGACCCGCUGUGUCGCAAUCUAGCACGAAUAUGCUUUCUUCUUCUCUUUCAUUUAUUCCUUUCUUCCUUCAUUAGAUCCUAAGUAUCUCUGCUUUACUCUUUUGAGUCAUCGGAUCAUGGAGUUUUUCCUGGAGAUGCUUCUCACGGCGGUUGUGGCUGUUCUGUUUUCUUUCCUCGUGGCUAAGCUCGUGUCAGUUCCAAUGGCCGGGAGCAGCGGUGGAGUAGUAAACGAUCAGGCCGAGGAAAACGAGAUCGGCGUUGUUGCGGUGGAGGAGGAGCUUUGUUCUGGUUUGAAAAUGGAUGCUCCGGUGGUCCAGAGCCAGAGGAGACUCGGAGUUGUUGUUGUUGAUGAGAAUGUGGAGCGUGUUGAUCGGUUUGGAAGCGAAGCUGAUCGAGUUGUUGAUGAAUUCGAGGAAGCGGGUGAAGGCGAAGACUUGGUGGUUACAUCUGAUGAGUCAUCGGCGGCUGUCUCGCCGGAAAAUGAGAUAGCAGAGGAGAUGAUGGCUCGUGGAGAAGAUAAACAGAGAGACGCGGCGGAAGAGCUUAUUGUUCGGACGGUGGGAGAUGAGUCCACUGCUUCUGUCUCGCUGGAAAACGUGAGAGCAGAGGAGAUUAUGAUUGGUGGAGAAGAGGUGAGAAGUGAAGAAGACGUAAUAAGUGGAGAAGUCGUAGUCGCAGAACCUGAGGAUGUUAGAGUUGAAGAAAGUAAUACAGUGGAGGAGAGUGAGCAUAAGAUGGAGUUGGAUACUAAAGAAGGAGAUAAUGAAGAGAAAGAGGAGUUGAGCAUUGAAGAAGAGGAUGAUGACUGGGAGGGAAUUGAGAGGAGUGAACUGGAGAAAGCCUUUGCGACUGCUUCAAAUCUUUUGGAAGUAUCGGGGAAAGUAGAAGAAAUUGGUGAUGAGGUUAAGAUUGAAUUGUACGGUUUGUACAAGAUCGCCACUGAAGGAUCAUGCCGAGAGACACAGCCUAUGGCCAUCAUGGUCUCUGCUUGUGCUAAAUGGAAUGCCUGGCAAAAACUUGGAAACAUGAGUCAAGAGGAGGCAAUGGAGAAGUAUCUUGCACUUGUUUCAAAAGAGAUUCCUGGACUGAUGAAUACUGUAGGGAAGAUACCAAUUUUACCUCCUAAUUCAGGAUCAUUAGAAGAUCCGUCCACCUUAGGCACAACUGGUGUUGCAUUCAGCAAAAAUGUUUCAGCUGAAAGGUGAAUCCAUUGUUUAAGCAGGCAAGGAUUGAAGAAGGCUCUUUGGGAAUACAAAGGCAAAUCUAAUUCUUGUGCAUAAAAAAAAUCUAUGCUUCACAAAGAUAAUCAUAAAUGCUGUAAUUAGACCAUUUGAUGCAACUUGGUUUGGCUAGUGUUCUAAAUAAUACUUAGGAGUUGCAGCAAACAAAAACACUAUAAAUAUGUAUUCCUGUUUGUGUGAAUUGGCUGAUUUAUGGUGUGAAGAUAA